AUAUAUAUAAAUCAUACUUAUUUCUUAUUAACUUUUGCAAAAGUUUUGUAUAUGGUUUCCGUUCAAAAUAUUAAUUUACCAUAUUUCUUACUUUAAAAAUACUUAAAGCUAUUCAUUUUACCGCCCUGAAUGAAAGAACAUUCAUCUGAAGCCCGUCCUGAAUCCAAAGGUAAAAUGUAAUGAGGUGUAACCUGCCCUGUCUCGAUUUCAAUCAAAUAAGCUGGUUAGCAGAAAUCAUUAAACAGCAUAAUCUAAUUAGAAUAGGAACGUUUAAGACAAACAUUGAUUUUGCCAUUAGAAAUCUGGGUUUAGAAUAUUGCAUUUACCAUUUUCAAAGCAUUAAGAGUUUGAUAGACAGAAUUUAAACUAUUAAUUUAAAUAAGCUUUCAUAUCAAUACUUACAGGACAGAACUUUUUAAGUUUAAUUUCUCUAGAUUUCUCUAAGACUGCAAGAUCAACAUGACAUCUCAGGUCGCACGGACGGUCUUGCGACUGGAUCCUGAAUCAGUUCAGGCGCUGAAAGAUGGCAUUAAUUUCCAGAAAAACACAGAGGACGGGAAAUGUUACAUCAUUUACAAAAACAAAGACAAACUCCGUGCAUGCAGGAACCAGUGCAAGCACCAGGGUGGACUCUUCAUUAAAGACAUUGAGGAUAUUGAUGGCAGAACUGUGCGCUGCACCAAACACUACUGGAAACUUAACGUGGCCACAAUGGAGUACGUGAACCCACCCGACAGUUUCAUGCAGGAUGAACUUGAUGCAGUGUUUUCAGGUACAGAUGGUAGUUUAGAGCUGGUGGAGUUGAAUCCUCCAGAUCCUUGGACUGUGGAUCUCAGAGAACAACAAAAGCUACAAGUCGGCGAGAUGACGUUGACGUACAUUACGCAUGCAUGCAUGGAGCUUAAAGCCGGGAAUAAGCAGAUGAUGUUUGACCCGUGGCUGACGGGUCCGGCGUUUGCUCGAGGAUGGUGGCUUUUACACGAGCCUCCGCCUGAUGCGAUGGAGAGACUCUGUCGGGCUGAUCUGAUUUACAUCAGCCACAUGCACUCGGAUCAUCUCAGCUACCCCACAUUGAAACUUCUUGCCCAAAAGCGGCCAGAUAUUCCCAUUUAUGUUGGAGACACCUCACGGCCGGUGUUCUGGUAUCUGGGGAAAAGUGGCGUGAAUUUAACAAACAUCAAAGUCGUGCCGUUUGGUGUAUGGCAGAAUGUCGAUGAAAACCUGCGAUUUAUGAUUCUAAUGGACGGAGUUCAUCCUGAGAUGGAUACCUGCGUAAUCGUGGAGUAUAAAGGUCACAUGAUACUGAACACAGUCGAUUGCACAAGACCAAACAACGGACGUCUCCCACACGGUGUCGACGUUAUGAUGAGUGACUUUGCCGGUGGCGCAUCUGGAUUUCCAAUGACAUUUCAUGGCGGCAAAUACACAGAAACCUGGAAGAGUGAUUUCAUUAAGAACGAAAGGAAGAAACUGUUAAACUAUAAGACGCAGCUGGUGAAUUCCCUACAGCCCAAGAUCUACUGUCCAUUCGCUGGUUACUUCACUGAAGCUCACCCUUCAGACAGGUACAUAAAGGAGACAAACAUCAAGAACAAUCCAGUAGACCUGAACGAAUCCAUAAGGAAGAGAUGCCCAAAUACCUUAACCUGGACUCCUUUACCUGGUUCAGUGUUGGAUUUGGCCAUAGCUCUGGAUGACAAAUCCAACAGGAAGGCCAUUACUGAACCGCCAAAUGGUUCAAAGAUCUAUAAGGACAGUUGGGACUUUGACUUGUAUUUGGAUGAGCUGAAUGCUUCCAUUUCAGCUGAUAUCUUUAAAUACAAAAGCUGGAUCCAGUUUUAUUAUAACUGGGCGGGAUUUAAAGGCUACAAUCUGGUCAUUCGGGUUAUUGAGACCGAUGAUGAUUUCAAUCGAUUGGACGGUGGUUUCGAUUACCUUGUGGACUUUAUGGAUCUUUCAUUUCCAGAUAAAAGACCAGAGAGAGAUCACUCAUAUGAGGAGAUUAAGAACAGAGUUGGGGUGAUGAGACAUGUGGUUCUGAAUGGGCGGUUAUGGGACGAUCUGUACAUUGGCUUCAAUAACAGAAUGAGUCGAGAUCCUGAUGUUUACCACCACAAGUUCUGGAAUCAUUUUCAGACAGAACUACCACUAUCAGCGCCAGACUGGGACCAUUUCCUUCAAACGGUCUCUGAAACGGACCGGACACAGGAAAGCAAUGGCGGCUGUGUGCUGUGUUAAUGCAAACACAACUUUUCUAGCAUACAACAGUUUAAAUGAUACUAUCAAGAUGUUUGAGUGGUUUUAUAAAUGAUUUGCUUGUGUUUAUCUGGGGUUUUUGGGUAGAAGGAAAAUGUAACUUCAGAUCGAUGUCAAAUGGAAGAUUACAUUGACAUAAUUUAGAAUGAUUACUACGAAUAAUUAAAUGAUUUACUCAGAUCAAUGAAAUGCUGCUCAAUCAUCCUUUUUGAAAUUCAUGCCUUAGUUACACUAUCACAAAUGGUUUUUAGCAUUUUUAAGAUUUAUGUUUCAAUAUCAUAAAAUUCCAUCGAAUAGAAUUGUCUGAUUUUUAAGAAUCAAAUCAACACAAAUGAAAAUAUUUAAGUUUUAUUUUAUUUAUUUGGUUUUGUUAAAGAUUACUCAAUUUAAUUUGAUAGACUUUGAAAUGCAUAUUUUUGAGUGUAUAAACAGAUCUAAUGACCACAAAAACACUAUAAUCCUUUGACACAGUUAAAGUUAUGUUUUAACUUAUUACACAGAAUACUUGAUCGUGAUUGGCCAGUUGCUGCAUUCUGGGGUCAAAUGUUUAGGUUUAAUGAGUGCUAAAAUGUAUUUAAUGGAUGUAACUGAUUUACUAAAUAGCUGUGCAAGUUUCAUGCCUCGUGUCUCCAUCCGAGCCCUUUUUCUUCUCACAUAAUAAAAUCAUUUCAAAUCAAAGUUUGUUUCUACAGCA